GGUGGGUUUUGGGGAGGGUGUCCUCUCAGGACGGAAAUGGCGGACGGCUUCGCCCAGGUUAGGAAGAAACGAAGAGAUGGGCAGUUAGAAAACAACAACCCACGGCAUUCAAAUCCUUUAACAUUUUGUCUAGAUUCCGUUCAUUUUCAAAAUGGAUUCAGAGAAGAACGAAACAGAGUCGUGCAUUGAGUUAAAUAUGGUGGAGUACCAUGGAAGCAGAGGCCAGCCCUUCAUAGCCAGCCCCAAGUACUGCCCUGGGGUGAAUAAAAACAGCGGCUAUGAGUGUGAGACGGGCCACUGCUGUGGAGAGACUGGGUGCUGUACGUACUACUAUGAGCUCUGGUGGUUCUGGCUCCUCUGGACCAUCCUCAUCCUCUUCAGCUGUUGCUGUGCGUACCGUCACCGCCGGGCUAAACUGCGCAUCCAACAGCAGCAGCGGCAGAGGGAGAUUAACCUGAUAGCCUACCAUGGAGCCUGCAAUUACCCUGCAUCCAUGCUGGACCUCAGUUUCUUGGCCUCGUUCAAGCUACCGUCCUACGAAGAGGUGGAGGCUCGUCCCAACAGCCCUCCCCCGCCCUACAGCACUGUUUUUGCCCUCCAAGGGGGGCAGUAUGCCCACCCGGGGCCCAGCGGCAUUACAUCAUCCCAGAGCUCUGAUAACUACACCAGCUGUUCCUGCGAGUCCUGCUCAGUCUCCUCCCCAAGCAGCACCUCCUUCUCUGUGCAGGUCACCGACGAGACGGACACCAGUAACGCCACCACCCCCAGUGAGGCGGGGGACUCCAGACCACCCAGUGCCUCCACAGCCCAAUCUGAUCCCCUGGGGGCCAUGGCUUCACAAGGGGACCCACCAGAGGAAAGUGCUGCCAAUAAGAGCAGCACAGAGCAGCAGUCUCCCAAAGCGGCCCAGUCACCACCCAAGCAUGCGCUCUUCUCUUCCACCGUUGACUUUUUCGAGCCUGAAUUCCACGCCUGCUGCGGCUCGGACAUUGAGGAGGAGGAGGAAGAGGAUACAGAGGAAAGCCACUUCAGACACCGCAGGCUCACUGGAGAUUCCGGGAUCGAGGUUUGUCGCUGCCAGGUGGAGAGUGAGGAAGAGGAUCUUGAUGAGAACAAGGAAUGUGCGGUUCGGGAGACCACAUGCUUCCUGCAUGACAGCUCGGGGUGCUCCCACAGGGCCGAUGCCACUCAGCCACAGUGUGGGGAGACAACGGGCCAAACGCAAGAGGAGUGUGCCAGUCUGUGCACAGCUGUCACCCUGCAGCUGAGCGGGGAAUCUGUCACAGUGGAGUCAGUGUGAGGUCAUACUAUUUGUGGGGCUAAGUUAGUGACCAUUUAAGUCUGUGAAUGUAUUCCAAGUGUGGAAAUUAUGAGCCCCGAUGGCGACUCGGCGGCAAUAACAGUAGUGGCUCUUGAGCUUUGUUUGUGAACUUGCCCACAAAUCAGAAUAAAUAAUGUUUUAAAGGGGAGAAAGAGGAAAAAAAACAAAAAAAAACACAAGUGUGUGAUCUAACUUGUGCAUUAAACAAAAGGGUAGUGAAAAUGAAAGUGAGCCUUUGCUUGCUCAUUUACAUUCAUGUGUUUUAAAAACCAACAAUGAACAAAGGGUUUUAAAUGAAAACAAAAAGAAAACAAAGCAGUAGUCAAACUAAAUUUGCAUUAUUUGGCUUCCAGAAGUCACGCAAAGAAUAACACCAGCUGUUGGCGUAAGCAUCAUUGUUAGUACCUCCCUUGUGUUAAUCCGGGGUGUCGCACAUUGUUUUGUACCCUUCUUGUUGUUAAGCAUAUACUUCUAACCCCCCCCCCUUUUUCUCAUCUAAUGUAAAAUAAUGUAGUUUCUCAUUAAUGGUGAGGUGGUCGUGGAUUAAACCACUUGUUCUGCUUUUUAUAACCAAGCUCUUGUAUUAUAUGAACCUUGUGAAAGACUUCAAUCCACCUGUGCUAUGCUGAUUUAUCAUUCUGCUGGAAUAAAAGCAAUAAUAUACUCUAUUUUUAUUUUUUUUAAAAAGGCAUUUGGAUGUUUAUAAAAAUCUAAUGCUAUAUUUUGUAUUGAACUGCAAGGAUAGAUGUGUGUAUUACAAAACAACAACAAAAAUACAUAUUCUGCCCCAUGCUUCGCCUCCUAGCUGCUUAAGGGGCGUGAAGGGAAGGGUACUGCUUUGCAAGACAGUGAAUGAAGCAUCUGAACUGAAACAUUGCUAACGUCAACAGCACAGCAAUAAAGUUGAAUGCAAGAAAACACAAGUUGCAUUGGUAUCCUGUAUUUGAAAUAAUAGAUUAGCUGGAUUUGAGAAGAUUGUUAGAAAAUCUUUCAAAAUAGAAAGUACUUUUCUACUAUACAAAGGUAAUUUCUCCAUGGUACUGUAAAUCAGCGUUUUGUGUGCACACAUUUCUUUAUAACGCCAUACUGAAUGCCAUUCUCCGUAGGACACUUGAGCAAAACCAUUCUCCUUGCAAGGUUACACUGGAGAAAACAAAGCAUGCAGCUUUAAAACAAAUUUUAUUUUUAAUGGUUAAUUUUUAAAAAUGCAUGCAAAAUAUUAGAUACCCAGAUUUAACUAGCAAUCUGUUCAUUACCUAGAUGGUGAUUUUAAUGUGUGCCCUGCAUAAUAAAAAAAAUAAAUAAAAAAAAGUUGGUUUUCUUGUACAUUGAUACCAGAAUCUUGUACUUUGAGCAAAUGAAUAUAUAUAACAUAUCUUCAAGCUACCUAUUGACUUUGAAAGCCUGGGCUGGGAUACAGCAAACUAGCAGCCGUGCACUGUGGUGGAAACAGUAAUAUAAACAAAAAUGGGUCAUUUUUCCAUGAACUGUAUGAAAAGAAUGCAUAGCAGACUUUCUCUCCUUUUCUGUGAUCUGUACACAAUUGUUUUGUUUAUACCAAGUACAGAAUAACGUAAGAUUUAUUAUUUAAUCUCAAUGUUAAUACAGCUGCAUCCCUGCUUUUCACGAAGUGCCCAGUCACAUCAACUCACAAUAUCUGCAGUGUUGCC